AGUGAGUUCAUUCCCCGGAGCCGAGGAGACGGAGAACCGUCGAUAGGUUUUUGCCCUCCCGUUGGUAUCCAGUACCUCGAAUCAGCGACACAACAGACAGACCUCUCCACCGAGCCCGGCCAUGGACGAGCAGGCGGGGCCCGGCGUCUUCUUCAACAAUAAUAACUCUAUUUUACCCGGCGGUGGGAAAGGACCGUUGGCUGAUGGCGACGCUGGGGAGGCGGCUAGAGCGCAGUACAGUAUCCCGGGGAUCUUGCACUUCCUGCAGCACGAAUGGGCCCGUUUCGAAGUGGAGAGAGCACAAUGGGAGGUGGAGCGGGCCGAAUUACAGGCUCAAAUCGCCUUCCUGCAGGGAGAGAGGAAAGGUCAGGAGAACUUGAAGAAGGACCUUGUGAGGAGGAUCAAGAUGCUGGAGUACGCCCUGAAGCAGGAGAGAGCAAAGUACCACAAGUUAAAAUAUGGAACGGAGUUGAAUCAAGGUGACAUGAAGCCCCCAAGCUACGACUCUGAUGAGGCCAAUGAGAACGAAGGUCCUGGUUCGCUCAACAAUCAGCUGUCUUGGAAGCAAGGCCGCCAACUCCUCAGACAGUACCUGCAGGAGGUGGGUUAUACAGACACCAUCUUGGAUGUGAAGUCCCAGCGGGUCCGAGCCCUGCUGGGUCUUGCUGGGGAUGGAGGAGGUGGGAGAACAGGUGAACGGACUGGUACUGAGCCACUGGUCAAUGGGACCGACACAUCAACAAAGGGCAUGGGCACCAGAGGGAAAACAGAACUCUCUGACACUAGUGCUGUAUUGGAGGCCUUCAAAUUCAUUGAGAGUGCAGCAGCUGAAUUCAGUGAUGAAGAUGAGGAUGAGGAUAGCGAGGGGAAGGACAGGACGAUCAUGGAAUCCAGGACGAUCAUGAGGAAGAAGCCCUCUUCGUCAUCAUCGUCACCAGCCAAUAUGGACACCAGCGAAGAUCCAGACGCAGAGGAAGCACUGAAGGGCUUUGACUUCCUGUCUAGCCCUGAUGACAUGGACACCUCGCCGGAGUCCCGAGGCCCAGGAGACGGCACAGACUGGGAGAAGGACGAGCAGGGUCCCAUUUCUGAGGCCUGGGAUGUCGACCAAGGCCUGAUAACCAAACUCAAGGAGCAGUACAGAAAGGAGCGCAAGGGGAAAAAGGGGGUGAAGAGGCCCAACAGGUCCAAGCUGCAGGACAUGCUGGCUAACCUGAGAGAUGCUGAGGACAUGUCCCACUUGCAGCCUCCCUCCACACCGCAGGCCCGUCCCAACGUGGCCCGGCUCAACGAGCACGAUGGGAACCGGACAGAUGAAGUUGAGGCGCUAACCUUCCCACCCACCUCAGGGAAGUCGUUCAUUAUGGUCGCUGACGAGGCCUUGGAGAGUGAGCUGGGCCUUGGGGAGCUGGCUGGCCUCACUGUGGCCAACGAGGCUGACAGUCUGGCGUAUGACAUUGGUAACAAUAAGGAUGCCCUGAGAAAGACGUGGAACCCCAAGUUCACUCUGCGGAGCCAUUUUGACGGGAUCCGGGGUCUGGCCUUCCACCCUGUGGAGCCCGUCCUGGUCACGGCUUCAGAGGAUCACACACUCAAGAUGUGGAACCUUCAGAAGACUGCUCCUGUCAAAAAGAGUGCUUCUUUAGAUGUGGAGCCCAUCUACACCUUCAGGGCUCACAGGGGGGCUGUGCUGAGCGUGGUCAUGAGCAGCACAGGGGAGCAGUGUUUCAGCGGAGGGGUCGACGGGACCAUCCAAAGCUGGAACACUCCCAACCCCAACAUCGACCCAUAUGACUCCUACGAGCCGUCGGUGCUGCGCGGGGCGUUGUGUGGACACACUGACUCGGUGUGGGGUUUGGUGUACAGCAGCGCCCACCAGCGCCUCCUCUCCUGCUCGGCAGAUGGCACUGUGAGACUGUGGGACGCUAACACCAUCUCCCCCGCCCUCGCUGUAUUCAAUGAGAACAAAGAGCUGGGCGUUCCCUCCUCAGUGGACCUGGUGUGCAGUGAACCGGCCCACAUGGUCACCUCGUUCACCAGUGGGCAGAUCGGCCUCUUCAACAUGGAGACCCGUCAGCUGGUUCUCAACCUGGAGUCUGCUUUGGAGCCAGGCACUUCGUGUCAGAUCAAUAAGGUCCUCAGCCACCCCACCCUUCCCAUCACCAUCACCGCACAGGAGGACAGACACAUCAAGUUCUUUGACAACAACACAGGGAAGCUGAUCCACUCCAUGGUCGCCCACCUGGACGCUGUCACAAGUUUAGCUGUGGACCCGAAUGGGCUUUACCUGAUGUCGGGCAGUCAUGACUGUUCAAUCCGUCUGUGGAACCUGGAAAGCAAAACCUGCAUCCAGGAGUUCACAGCUCACAGAAAGAAGUUUGAGGAGUCGAUCCACGACGUGGCGUUUCAUCCGUCAAAAUGCUACAUUGCCAGUGCUGGGGCAGACGCUCUCGCCAAGGUGUUUGUAUGACGUGGAGCUGCCUUCUCGCCCUGCAGCCCCGCUCUCUGACGCAGCCUCCCAAGAUCAGGGACCAAUAGAGACACAGGAGGGGAGGGACCUUCAGGCAUGGGUCCAAUCCCACCUCACAUAGCCCUCUCUGGCCACUGGUUUCCUGUUGGACUGGCAGACUAUGUAGCUACUCGCCUCAAACAGGCCCUGACUCUUCGUAGAAAGGGCCACGGUUGGCUGGGAGGCCAGUUAGGAGGAGAACUGCUAUGGGCGCAGGGCUCCUAGUCCCCAUCCCCCAUCCAGGCAGGCCUGGGUGUGACCGACCACAGGGCCCCCCAGCACCUACAUAGACAAACUAAAGCUUGCCCUCUGUAGCUAGGAGGGCAGUGCAAGUGUUGAGUGUGGACUGGAGAAAUGAGGUGUCAAGCCGGUCUUCUGCCCCAGUGACUUCACGCUCACCCCAAAUCCCUCGGGCCCUCGACCUUUCCGCUCAGACGAGUGCGGUCAGGGCCCUUCCUCCAAGUCAGGUUUUGUGUUGUGUUGUUCCAGAAAUGUGGGGUACUGAAGGCUCGCUGGAGCUGUCAUGGAAGCCUCUCACUUUUUGCUUCCUAGACCGACUCUGCUUGCCGGCCUGCCUUUGCUUUUCCUUUUUAAAAUAACACUUGUUGACAAAUGUGCCUUUGCUUUAAAAAGGUCUUGAAAAUGUUAUUUUACCUAGCUUGUUUCGGGUAAUGGGAAGGGAGGGGAAGGGACAAUGGAGAAAUGGAGCUGGUUGUCACAAUGUUGUCCAUUUUAAGAAAACAUUGGAUGUAAAAUUACAAAUGCUUAUAAUAAACAAAAUAUAUAUUCAGUCUUAAAAACUUAUUGUGCAGCGUGAGUUUGAGUGCUCCUUUUUGAUAAGUGUGGUUGGGGAAUCAGUUUUAUGCAUUUCAAAGCAAAGCUGGCAGAGUGAUACAGACCAUUAAAUAUAUUGCCUGUUUGUUAGAUUUUCAAGUAAUUGUACACUUCAGAGGUAAGAUUACAAACGUAUCUCUCCAAGUAAACCAUUUUGGUUGUAUGAUUACAAUUUCAAACUUGGUCAUAGAUCUCCAUUUUAGGAAUAACCAAUUGAUUUUGGCCAGUUUGCUCUCGUUUGAAAUGAAUGGCUUGUACUGUAUGUAACUUUCCCCUAUUGUGUGGACAUGCCUGACUAUGGUGUGAUGUGUCAUGUCCAGAUAUUUACAGUAGUCCAAUGUUUAGCAAGAAGUUAGUGCCGUACUAUAGGACUAUUUGAAAUAAUAUGAGUGAUGCAUCCAAAACUACAGGAAGGGAAUGUCCUGACUACCCAGACCUGCGACUACAGUAUACUGUAAGUUCUGUGAGGAGGAAAUUAUCCUGAGUGAUGCAAAUCAGUCAAGAUAAUGUACAUGUACAGCACAGCUUCAAAUGAGCCAUUUUCUCAGUCACUGGUUUGUAUAUGAAAAUCUGUUGAAAAUAAAACCUGCUGUAAAAUCUU